AUGAGACCAGUAGUAGUAAAUUUUAUUAAAUGUAGACAGUGUAAUUCAGAAAAGUUACAUAAACUAACUCUAGAUGAAUACAUUAAAGUUGAAAAUUACGAAAGAUCUAACUUUGAGUUUAUGAGUGAGAAAAUUGAAACUCCUGAGUGUUUAGACUUUUUAUUAGAUGUUCAAAGUGAAAAUAGAUCUAUUGAAUUAACAGAAGGUGAUAUUUAUGAAGGUAAUAAAGACAAGAUUUAUGAAUUUCUCUUUGGUUGUGAUGUAAUAAAAGGUUCGUUAUACUGUCCUGAUUGUUCAAAAGAAUCUUUAAUAGAAAAUGGAAUAUUAAAUUGUAUUAACUGA